UAUUGCACGUCGAUGCUUCCCGUUUAAUAGUCUACGACCUUCAAUCAGGGAAACAAAGGGUAAACGUGUAAGAUGAGUUCAUAACCAUGUGGCUUACGCUAACGGCGGAACCCGCGUUAUUAGUUGGCCAAGCCAUCAAUUCUUAAAUGGAUUCCAACUUAAGAAAGGUUCUCAUUGACUUGGAAUAGAAUAAUAAUCACCUCCCAUCCAACAACAAAGCUCAUCUUCCAACUCCCCAAAACCUUCUGGAUUCCUGCAGAAAAAUGACCAGAACACAUCCACAAAAUUUGCUAUUCCCUUCGUUAUUCAUCAUCCUCUUGUUUACACAGCUUUUCCUAACUUCAAACGGCGACGUUGGCACUGCUGCUCAGUAUUCUCCCCCAUAUCUACCCACGGACUGUUAUGGAAGCGACUCGUCACAGUUUCCGUCGAGUAAUUUGUUUGCGGCGGCCGGAGAUGGAAUAUGGGACAAUGGAGCUUCGUGUGGGAGGCAGUACUUGGUGAGAUGCAUUAGCGCGGCCGUAACGGGGACGUGUAUUCCGGACACGACGAUUCAGAUAAGAAUUGUGGACUAUGCUGCCGGCGUUGCUUCGAAGCCGUCGGCGGAUGGCACCACCAUGGUGUUGUCUCAGACGGCUUUCGCUGCUAUUGCCAACUCAACGGCUACUUCCAUCAACAUUGAAUUUCAACAGGUGUGAUUUGGGUUUGGAUUGUGUUUCAUAUAUUCAUCAGCGGAAGGUAACCAGCCGGAGCUAGGGAUGACAAUAAUCCCCAUUGGGUAGGGUACCCAUCGGGUAUUCGACCCUAAUGGGGAGAAAUUUGGGGGAAAUCGGGUAACGGAGAUGGGGAUCCCCAGUAUUCGAAUUCUGAAAUCGGGUACGGGGCGGGAAUGGUAUUUUGAUCCUCAUCCUCAUACC